CACAUGAAACACAACUAGUCAUGAAAUUAUUUUAAUGAAUAAAAUUCUUAAUUUCUUCGACGGUUGCUCAACCAUUCCACUACAUAUAUACCCUAAAGAACUCAGUAGAGAACUCACUCCUCUCUCAAAACCCCAAUUGUUCCCAAGAUAAUUAAGCAGAUCAGAGGUAGAAAUGGCAAAAACUGAAGCUCCUAGUUUGGUAGGGAAGCUAGAGACAGAAGUGGAGAUCAAAGCUUCUGCUGGAAAGUUUCAUCACAUGUUUGCCGGGAAGCCACACCAUGUCUCCAAAGCAAGUCCAGGCAACAUUCAGAGCUGUGAUCUGCACGAAGGCGACUGGGGCACUGUCGGCUCUAUCGUCUUCUGGAAUUACGUUCACGAUGGGGAGGCAAAGGUGGCGAAGGAGAGAAUCGAGGCGGUGGAGCCAGAGAAGAACUUGAUCACAUUCAGGGUUAUAGAAGGUGAUCUAAUGAAAGAGUACAAGAGCUUUGUGAUCACGAUCCAGGUGACCCCUAAGCAUGGAGGGUCUGGAAGUAUUGUCCACUGGCACCUUGAAUAUGAGAAAAUCAGCGACGAGGUAGCUCAUCCUGAAACUCUCCUCCAGUUUUGUGUCGAGGUCUCCAAAGAGAUCGACGAACAUCUCUUAUCCGAGGAAGAAGAGGUGAAGACAACAGAGACGCUUGAGACAGAGGUGGAGAUCAAAGCUUCCGCUCAGAAGUUCCAUCACAUGUUCGCCGGGAAACCACACCAUGUCUCCAAAGCAACUCCAGAUAAGAUUCAGAGCUGUGAUCUGCACGAAGGUGACUGGGGCACAGUCGGCUCUGUCGUCUUCUGGAACUAUAUUCAUGAUGGGGAGGCAAAGGUGGCAAAGGAGAGGAUCGAGGCGGUGGAUCCAGAGAAGAACUUGAUCACGUUCAGGGUUAUAGAAGGUGAUCUGAUGAAAGAGUACAAGAGCUUCGUGAUAACAAUCCAAGUGACUCCUAAGCAUGGAGGUUCAGGGAGUGUGGUGCAUUGGCACUUCGAGUACGAGAAAAUAAACGAGGAGGUGGCUCAUCCUGAGACUCUCCUCCAGUUUGCCGUAGAAAUCUCCAAAGAAAUCGACGAACAUCUCUUGGCCGAGGAAUAGAGGAGAAUACUCCUCGUGUGACUAAAUAUCCUAUCCGUACAUGUGUGAUUGAAGAAUGCCGAUUAAAAUCACUCUUUGAAUGUGGAAAAAAAUAAAGAGUUGUGUUGGAUAUAUGAGAAUGUUGUAUGUUUUUAAAGUGCUAUACUCUAUUGUGUUUUGUUUGUUUAAUAAAUUGUCUAAUAUAUGUUUUUUAUAA